AUGGCUGCCGCAUCGCCAACCCCUCUGGGGAACAGCCACAUAUCGGGGCCUACCAGGAAGCCAUCUCUCAGAUCUGGCUUGAGGAGAACUUCUUCGCGGUCGCAACUGGACCGCGCGCAGUCAAAUGCUGCCGCACACGCAUCGGCAAAGUCGCAAUUUGCUGCAAACCAUGCCGAUAGCUCCGAUGACGAGAUACCCGUGCCUAUGAAGCUCAGCGCUCUCACCAAGGCUCUAUUGAAUGAUGACGGUGUUGCAGAGCCCGCCGCGCAGGCCGGCCACGUCCCAGGUCGGGUCCGGACUAGAGCUCAGGCCCAUCGCCCGUCAUCGCCCGUGCAAUCGGUGCUGGAACAGGAUAAACCAGUCAAGAGACGAAGCAUCUUGAAUAACUCGACGAGCUCGAACGCGGAGGAGCGGCGCCAGACCAGAGCUAGCAGCGCACAGGUGGCAUCAUCGAGACAAGCGUCUCCCGUCAGAAGUCAGGCUAGCGAAAACAGCCCGGCGCAGAAACAGAGAAAACGUGUCGUACGGCUCAGCACCACCACGCCCGGAAUUUCAACGUCAUUUGGAGCCGUACAGCCCUCCAAACGCCGAUCUACUUCCCUUUCAACAUCCCAGAGAGGCGCUCGCCCACCAAGUAGGGAAAGUCUGGUAGACGAGAAGCUCGAUAUCUCCGAGCUCAACGGUAUCAACACGCCCCAAGCUCAAGGCAUCCGAAGUGUUCGCAUUGCCGUUGGUUCUUCGGGAGGCCGCAGCCGUCUCAGUGGAUCUUCCGGGAACUCUUUCCGUCGCCUCGAUUCUGCUCAACCCCAAUCCGAAAACGAGGCAGCAGAGGAACCAGUUACAGCUUCGCAUCAACGAGUUGGCUUGGGCCAGGGCAGUACCUCUCGUCCGCGUACUCGCGACGAAGACAAUCAGGCUAUUCAGGGGUCGAUGCGUGUCAAACGUGUUGGAAAGGUCACUGGAAGCUUUCUCCGUGGGCCAGCUCGGCGCGGUUUGCGACGACAAAGCGACGAUGAUGGAGGCAACGAUGCAGAUGGAGACGGCCUUCAAAUGAGCCAGUACGAGGCUGAUGGCCAAGCGCCACAGGACAUCAUUGACCUCGAGCCGGAAAACUAUGCCUCGUCAUAUUAUGUCCCGGAUCGCCUUGCUUCGGGAAGCCCUGUUAGCGCCAAGAACUCCUCAAGAUAUAAGCGAGAAACAUCAGCUGCUUAUGAAGAGCCUCGAUUACUCUCACACCAGAGCUCUCCAGUUCGCGAGCAAGAAGAAAUCCAAAUUCCUCAUUACAGAGCCUCAGCGCCCCGGCCUGAGGUGCCUUCCCGGCAUGAUCAAGAAAACGACCCGCCAUCAACAUUCAGGAGGAGCAAGGGUCUUGGCAACUCAAUCUUGGAAAAGGAAGCACAGCUACCUCCGCGGCCCUUGAGCGUCGACCUGGGCCCGGCCAAAAUACCUUCACCUGAGAGAAAACCGCUCGCAGCAGUCAAUCAGAACGAACCCCGAAGAAUUGCACCGCCGCCUCCCCCCAAGAUGUCAAUUCUUGAGGCAGCAACAUCGACAGCCGGGGCAUCAACUACACAACAAGCAGCCAAGAAGCGAAAUUAUAUGAAGGUCAACAAAAAGUACUACACUCGAAUCGACACACUUGGCCGAGGAGGAAGUGGCAAAGUGUAUCGAGUGGCAGCAGAUAACGGCAAGAUGUUUGCGCUGAAGAGAGUUUCAAUCGAAGGUGCAGAUGAAUCGACCGUCAGAGGGUUCAAGGGCGAGAUUGAUCUUCUUGGCAAACUCGGCGGAUGUGAGAGGGUCAUCAAUCUCUUUGACUAUGAGAUGAACGAGGAGAAGCAAGUCCUAAGUCUUCUUAUGGAGAUGGGCGAACUGGAUCUUAACACACUCCUCCGUACACGUCUCUCGCCCGAUACAGCUCGAUUCGACCCUGUCUUUGUCCGGUUCUAUUGGCAGGAAAUGUUGGAAUGCCUUGCGGCAGUCCACGCUUACGAUGUUGUACACUCUGAUCUGAAACCCGCCAACUUUGUUCUGGUUCAGGGACGCCUCAAGUUGAUUGAUUUCGGCAUUGCAAAUGCAAUUCAAACAGACGAGACUGUCAACGUUCACAGAGAGACACAGAUCGGAACACCGAACUACAUGAGCCCUGAAUCUUUGUUGGAUUCCCACACCACGGGUCCUGAUGGCCGCCGAAUCAAUACCGCGACCAACAGAGGACCAAAGCUCAUGAAGCUGGGCAAGCCUAGCGAUGUCUGGAGUCUCGGCUGCAUUCUCUACCAAAUGGUCUAUGGCACACCACCUUUUGGACAUAUCCAGAACCAGAUGGCUCGGUGUCACGCCAUUAUUGACUGGGACUACGCCAUCACUUUCAAGGACCGGGGCAUUGGUGAUGCUCCUGUGCCGCCAUCUCUGCUGAGGACAAUGAAACGCUGCCUCAACCGGGAUCAGCACAUGCGUCCGACAUGCGAGGAACUACUGAGCUUGUCAGACCCAUUCUUGUACCCCGUGGAAACCCCACAUGGUCAGCUCCCAGUCAGCGAGGAAUUGUUGGGCCGAAUUAUUCACAGUGUUGUGGCAAAAUGCCGGGAGCGCAUGCCUGACGACGGUGAACUCUUGAGCGCCUGGCCAAAAGCAUAUUGGUCUAGUGUCGCCAAGGCUGUGGGACGUGACUUGAGGUGA